GGGCUGAGUAGGGUAAAGGUCGGGAAAGUGUCCCUGUGCUGUUUGUCCCUGUGUCACUACCUGGUGUCCCGCUCCUCUCCGGCCUCAACAUGUCCCAACAGCCGCAGCCCAUCAGCCCCGUCAAGAACUUCUUCGCUGGUGGGUUUGGAGGAGUUUGCCUGGUGUUUGCUGGACACCCUCUGGAUACCAUCAAAGUUCGAAUUCAGACACAACCAAAAGCUAAACCAGGAAUCCCUCUGCAGUAUGCCGGCACUUUUGAUUGCUUUAGAAAAACUCUCGUCAAUGAGGGUAUCCGAGGAUUGUACAAAGGAAUGGCGGCUCCCAUUAUUGGGGUGACCCCCAUGUUUGCAGUUUGUUUUUUCGGUUUUGGACUGGGUAAAAAACUGCAACAGAAGCAUCCAAAUGAUGUGUUAACGUACCCACAGCUAUUUGCUGCUGGCAUGCUGUCUGGAGUUUUCACCACAGCAAUUAUGGCGCCGGGAGAGCGAAUCAAGUGCCUUUUACAGAUUCAAGCUGCCUCAGGAGGAAUAAAAUACGCCGGCCCCAUGGACUGCGCUAAACAGCUGUACAGAGAAGCAGGAAUUAGAGGAAUAUACAAAGGGACGGUGCUAACUCUCAUGCGAGAUGUGCCAGCAAGUGGGAUGUAUUUCAUGACCUAUGAGUGGCUGAAAAACAUUCUGACACCUGAAGGACACAGUGUAAGUGAGCUGAGUGUUGGGAGAAUUCUCUUCGCUGGAGGAAUGGCUGGAAUCUUUAACUGGGCUGUUGCAAUUCCCCCAGAUGUGCUAAAAUCUCGCUUCCAGACAGCCCCUGCAGGAAAAUAUCCAAAUGGAUUUCGUGAUGUGUUACGUGAGCUGAUUCGGGAGGAAGGCAUCGGUUCUCUAUACAAAGGGUUCACUCCUGUCAUGCUGAGGGCGUUCCCAGCGAAUGCUGCUUGUUUCCUUGGAUUCGAAUUUGCUAUGAAGUUCCUGAACUGGGCCCUACCCAACUUGUGAAACUCUGAAAGCUGUCGACAGAGUGAAGUUCUACGCACACAAGACCGCACUGACUGAUAACCUCUUAGCAUCAAUGAAUUCUGGGUUAUUAACUCCUUUGUUGCUAGUGGAGCAAACAACACUCUGUUGUGAGCUUCUCUUGUGGCCUUUGGCUGCAAAGGAGUUAAAUGAUUUGCCUUAUAUAUGAAUUGUGCAAUGUUGGCACGGUUCCUUUACCUACGCUAUAUUUAUCAGUUGGGGAGGUGUAAACGUGAGAAAAAGAAAUUAAUUGGGCAUUUAACUCUGGUGCCCAGACCAGAAGCCAUUUUAUUGAACUCUAAUGAACAACCACUAGUUUUACAAGCAAUGUAAAAAUAACAUAUCAAAUCUUAAUUUUAUAUCAGUUUGAAAUGGCAAUUAAUCUCCGGUCCUGAUUCUUUUGCACGUUUAAUACCGUGUAAUACCAGGACAAGAUAAUUACGUUUCUCCUACAAUAUCCUUGUGACUGGAUGACUUGACACUGCUUUAAUAUCAGAGCUGCUAAGUAUUGUAACAAUGGUUAUUAUUUCAUGCACUAGAGCCAAUAAACCCUUUCUAUGCCAGCAGCCUCACUCGACAGCUGUACAAAACCAACCCUCAAUAUCUUGCACAUUAAUAGUGACAAGCGACAAUAUCAAAUCUCAGACCUGUACAUUGUAUGGGGACAAAGGGGGAAUGUUAUACAUUCGAUUUUCAGGUAUACUUGUUAAUUCAGAGUAAAGUGCAAGUAAUUAUUUUUAAUACAUUUUAGGAACAGUAAAGUUUGCCUUAACAACUC